GUGAGUGGUAGGGUGAGCCAAUGUGUGGGUGAGUGGUUUGGUGAGCCAGUGGGUGGGUCGGUGAGUGGGUGUGGUGUUGUGACCUUCAGUGUGGUGCUUGAAUAAUUUGGUGAGUGAGCCGAGGCUGCGGUGGCCGGCCAUGCGGGAUACACGACCCAGCCACAGCAUGCUGCCUAAGCAGCUUCCGUUUGACCGGAUCUAGGGGGGCUAAACGGGCUAGAGAAGAGAUGGAGUGAUGUGGUACAGGAGGAUAUGGAGCUGAGUGGACUUGUCGAUGACUGGUACCAGCGGUGUCAAGAUCGGCCUUUGGAGGUGGAGGCUCGUGAAGGACGCUGCUACUGGGCAAGUUGGAGGCAGUCGCCCUCCAACAACAACGGAGGGCGGAGGAGCGACGCUCACAACAACGAGCGGAGCGCGUGGCAGCUAAAAAGCAGAAAGUUGGCACAGUAGGGGGCACGGGUGGUGCAUCUGCCAUUCAUCAGUCAAUCAACCCAUGGCACCUGGCUCUGUUUCGUGACCUCCUUCCUCAAAGUGCACCUAGCUUGGCACAAGCGCCGUUGUGGCGUUCACCGAGUGUGUUGUGACCUGCAGUGGUGAGUGGGAGAAGUGCGCGGGAGAGUGUGUUGUGGACUUGCGAGUCCGUCUGGUGAACGCGAGUCCUCCAACCUCUUUGGCCACACUAAAUCAGGGCAGUCGACCGAAACGUUGGCGGCUAGGCGAAACGUCGUAUGCUAGUAUUUUAUUAUUGUAUCUUUAUACGUGACUUUACCGAAAGAACCAAAGAGUAAUUCCUGCAGUCACGAAAGCUCCAAAUUAAGAUCGCUAUUUUGAUGUUUACAUCCGAGAGAAUCGAUUCCAAAAUCGCGCAACCACCGAUUCGGAGACUCGGGAGAAUCGAUACGCGGAAACGCGAGAAGGUCAAGAAUCGCCGGUGUGAAUGGACGCGGACCCUGAGCGUGAGACUCAAGAAGAAUGUGCGAUGGAGCAAUCCCUGGCACUCGCAUCAGGCACGGAGCGGGAAGCGCGUGGGGCGGACUCAUGUUUACCCGGAGCAGUGAGCGUCAAGCAGGAGUGCGAAGAGACGCCGAGCAUUGGGACGUGGAUGGGGAAAGGUGAGGAGGCGGUUAUGGGAGUAAACCGGAGGUCCCGGAGGAAACCCAUGCAGAACAGGGGGAGGACUUACAGACUUCUCACAGAACGGCGCCCAAGUCGGGAAUCGAACUCGGGGGAUUCUUGCUGUGAGACACAACAAGCGUUGCCCCACCACCCUGCCGCUCCAUGUGUUGCAGAGACGGCGGACGGCACCGGACAACGGCAGAAGCCAUUCCACUGCUUCCUGUGCCCCUACAACACCGACCACCGGAGCAACCUGCAGCGCCACCUGAAGACGCACACGGGCGAGCGGCCAUACGUCUGCCGCGAGUGCGGCAAGGCCUUCACACAGUCGAGCAACCUGCGCAAGCACCGGCGCACGCACUCGGGAGAGAGGCCCUAUGCGUGCAUCGAGUGCGGGAAGGCCUUCGCGUACCGGCACACGCUGCGGGGCCACGCGCGCACCCACUCGGGCGAGCGGCCGCACGCCUGCAGCGAGUGCGGAAAGACAUUCGCCGACGUCACGAACCUCAAGAGGCACGAGCGGACUCACACGACAGGGGCAGCGAGUGCUGAGGCGCCGCGCGGUCGCGACCGAGGGCUUCUCGAGCCACGCCGGCGGACGAAGCAACGAGAAGUCACGGCAGAGACCACCCGGACGGCGGAGGAGAAGCCGCACGCUUGCUUUUCCUGCGGCGAAGGGUUCUGCUGCCCAGCCGAGUUUACGCGACAUGCCGAGCGUCGCCUGCCGGAGGGGCCCGGCGAGGAGGGCUGUGCCGCGGACGCCUCGGACAACGACGUUGACGGCUCGACGGGCGAGGUCGGGGCCUCGGCGGGCCCGUCUGUUGCUCCGCGGGGUGGGGCCAAGCCGCAUGUUUGCUGUGAGUGCACCAAGUCGUUCGCCGACGCAUCGGGCCUGCGCCGGCACGGGCGGACGCACGCAGGCCACAGGCUGCACGUUUGCGCAGCCUGCGGGAAGUCGUUCUCCCAGUCGGGCAACUUGCGGGCGCAUGAGCGCGCGCACACUGGUGGCAGACCGCACGCGUGCCGGGAGUGCGGCCGUGCGUUCUCCUACAUGCACGCGCUGCGGCGUCACGCGCGCUCAGCGCACGCCACCGAGCGACCGCACCGUUGCACCGAGUGUGGAAAGGCCUUCUCUGACUUCUCCUACCUUAAGACACACCGGCGCUACCAUGCUGGCGAGAAGCCGCACCGCUGCACACUGUGCGGCAAGUCCUUCGUGCAGCUGGGCGAUCUGCGCAGGCAUGAGAAGAUCCAUGCGAGGACGGAGACGUGCAAGUGACAGGGGCGCUGUAAGAUGAUACAAUCAGAUACCCCACGAAAUAACCCAUCAGCCCAUACAUGGAAGAAAGUAGGUGUGGUGUUGCCCAUAAGGGUGUCUUUUAAUAUAUGGGAGAAAGUAGGCGUGGCGUUGCCUGUUGGGAUAUGUAUCUGCCCAUAUAUGGGAGAAAGUAGAUGUGGCAUUGCCUGUUGGGACAUAUCUGUCCAUCAUGGGAGAAAGUAGGUGUGGCGUUGCUUGUAGGGGUGUCUCACAUAUUUGGGAGACGGUCGGCAUGGUAUUGCCCGUAGGGUCGUGUUUCCCCCCAUAUAUGGGAGAAAGUAGUCAUGGCGUUGCCUGUUGGGACCUGUCUCUGUCCAUAUAUGGGAGAAAGUAGGCGUGGUGUUCCCCGUAAGGGCAUGUCUAUUACCACAUAUGGGAGAAAGUAGGAGUGACGUUGCCCGUAGGGACGUGUCUUUUCCCAUAUAUGGACUUGUGGUAUCUGAAUCAAGGUGUUUUUUGUAUUCUGUUUACAGUAGAUCCAAGAGCCAUGUGAGAGUAUCAAUUCAUCCAGGGUUAAUCACUGUCGAUUAAUUGGCAUGUGAUUUAUGGAUCGAGUAUUCCCAUGAGUUAGUAUGUGAAAGGCCCCCUUUUUUUGAUUGGUUAAUAUCUGCACGAUGAGUGAUUGGUUCGCAGUCAGUUUUUAUUGGAUUGUGGCAGAGGCUGGGUGUCCAUGCGUGGGAUGAGAGCGAGCACGUUAUGAGUGUGCGCAUGGAUUUUUGCAAAGUGUGUCUGAUUGAGUUUAUUCCUUUUGUAACAAAGUAAAGGUUUUAAAUGUAGCUUUGUUGUGGAAUCGUAUCUCGUGACACUUUAUUAUUUUAAUAUUAGAAUCCGAAUAUGUAUCCUGGAAAAUGAAUCAGAUGAGCUAUGAAGCUCUUUUUCAAAGAUACCCAGUAGGGGCUGGCAGGUCAGCGAGUUACAACAUUAAUUAAUUCAUCAUGCAUAGUCAGCGAAGGACCGUUGCGCCAAACAUGUGACCUCUUGUGACAGUAUUCACAUAAACUGCUUUGGCUGCCAUAAACCAGUGUCUCGAUUAAUUUGUUUAAUCCAUGGAUCACGGGAAGCGACCACGGGGGUGGUGCCAUUCCUUUGAGAGUCGCAGUCCAUCCAGAUGGGCAACGUGUUCAAAAAGUGACAGCCGUGUCACUAUAUGCAUGUGGAAGGACUGCAGCCAAUCCAAAUCAGCUUGAAUUUCCAGGCCUCCGCACGAUACAACAAAACUGAUAAAACAGCACUGCCCAGAUUUAAACAUUUCUGGGACCAAAUGCGGUUCAGACCAUUAUUCCUGAGGCCAAACCUAUCCGGCACAUGACAUCAGGUCUACAUUAUCCAUCAGUUGUCUGUACAGAUCCCAGGUAGAGAAAUGCAUCCACUGCUUCGACAGCGUUGCCUUUGAUUAUGCAGAGUGCUGGAGGGCUGCAGCCUAAGUUCUGGACUUUUGUUUUCUUCCACAAAACAGUGACAUUUUUCAUGGAUGGUUGUGGAAAUGGUGGAGGACUGGUGUAAAUGUUUAGGGUUCUGCACAAACAAGGCUGCAUUAUUAGCAUAGUCGAGGUCAAUUAAGUGGUGUCGGCCAAUCCUGACUCCAAGGUCAUGGGUCAUCUUUUCAACGAUCCAGUCGAUCGCCUGACAGAAGAACGCCGGUGCAAGAAUGCAUCCUUGACAUACUCCAGAUGUGGUCUCGAAUUAUAGUGAAAGUCCAGACCCGACACGAACAUUUGCACAUGUGCCUGCAUGCAGAUCCUUCACAAGGUCCAGGAGGAUGCCAGGGACCCCAAUUCCAAUCAAGGCAGACCAGAGAGCCAAUCAAUACACUGAGUCAAAAGCUGCCUUCAUAUCAAUGUAAGUGACAUGCCGUGGGUGGUCGAACUCACGGUGCAGUUUUGGGAAUAGGAGGAAUCCACACAGCGUUCAUCUUAGAUUGACCAAGCUGUGAAUACUGAUUUCUGUGGGCGACGGUGUUUUGUUAGGAGUGUGGUUGCAGCUUUCCCAGAAGUACAUGUGAAAAAACCCUUCCCGGUACUGAAAGUACGGAUAUAGGUCUAUAAUUGAUGCAUGUUGUACGGGAUGCUUUCCCUUUGAACAGAGAAACAAUUAUACUGUCUCUCCCUUGCUGGACAUCCAGACCUUGAUUAAGAACCCUCUGCUGAUAGGAUGCAAAUCACCUUUCAAUAGUUAUGGAGGAACAGUUGUGGAGAAAUAAAAUAACAUCUAAAUGUUUGGAGUGCAAAAUAGAGUAAAGGUAAGCAAGUCACUCCAAAUAAAUACAUUUAAAGUAAAUAAGUACAAAUACAUAACUACCCAGGAAAGCCUUGCUGAGGAGGGUCGUGCCUGGUUUUCACAGUAGGGGGCGAUGCUGCUGCUGUAGGUAAUCCCAGUCUAUUACGUGCAGCUGCAAUUAUAGGCCGCUGUACGUGAGCUGUAUCGUUCAGUUUCGUUCCGACAAACGGGGCACUACUUUUUCUUUUGCUCAAUAUGUUCAACGUUAAUAAAAGGUAUCCAAGCAAAAAGUUCUCCACACAUUAUCCUGCAGUUAAUGAGAAAAGUGUAAUUUAUUGGCGCACUAUAUUGACUGCGUAUUGAGACAUAAAACUGUGGAGCUAGAUUUUCAACCAAUCAGCAUCGAAAAUGUAAGUAGGUCAGAGCCAAAUUCAAGCCAAUAUCACUACGCACAUGUAAACAUGGAGGAGGACUUAAGCAGCGCAGCUUCAUCUGAUAGCGGCGAUCAAGCUCGAUUAACACCCGUAAAGUUUAUUCUUCAUGUCGGAAAAGAUGGUGGGAAAGUUCCGCAGCCCUUUACUGAAGUCCGAUGGAAAAAAAUCAAGCAAUGUGCGAAGGAAUGGCUCAAAACGUCGGACACUACGGAGCUAGCUAUUGCUAAUAAACAUGUUGCCCUCCUGGACAAACCGGUCUAUGAUGUCCCAACAAACUACGGGUUUCACCCGGCCUGCUAUCGGCGUUUUAUAGACAAAAAACGCUUGACUUGUGCACUAAAGCGUCAAGAUAAGACUGAACGGUUGAAAAGACUUGUAACCCCGGUUGAAAGCUCUGAAACAGUUUCGCCAAAGAGGCUGCGUUCCAAGUACAGCUUGAUGAAGGUUACCCCUACCACAACAACCACUUCUUCAAAGCCAUCAACAAGCCAGCACGUUCUGCCUAAAUUGUGCAUAAUUUGCAAAAUGUUUGAUCGGUUUAUUACAAUCAACAGAAAGCGCCAGCUUGACAAGUUGGUGCAGUCUGAGACAGAAAAUGCAGGUAUGUUUACUCACUUGAAUUGAAUGUUAUGCAAGCUAAUAUAUUGCCAACUGGGUUUAUAAUUUAUUCUUCAUAUCUUUAAUAUAGGACUUCUUCGUGAGGCAGCUCAAAUGAAAUCAGAUGAGAGCAUUCUGACACACAUUCGUGGGAAAGACUGCAUUGCAAUCGAGGUCCGAUACCACAAAUCCUGCUAUCAAGAUUACACAAGAUUUCUCAGCAAAACUGAAAAAACAGAGCACGUUACUCAAAUGUCCUGCAGUAUCAGAGAGGCUACAGAGCAUUCUGCAAAACAGUGAUUGAGGAUCGCCUUAUCGAGAAGCCAGAAAUUCUCCGGAUGAUGAGGCUUGUGCAGUUGUUUUGUAGGGCUAUAAAAGAAGAAGAAGGAUAUGACGUUAGAUCAUACAGGUCCGAUCUGCUGAAGCGUUUCCUACACCGAUAUUAUCCACAACUACUCUUCCAUAAACCUGUGAGACGGAAUCUCAGCGAGAUGGUGUUUUGUGAAGGACUGUCAGCUACAGACUUUAUGGAGCCAAUGUCGACAUCAAGUACUGAGACUGAAAAAGAUAGUGACAGUGCAGAAGAUAUCGGUGAACUCUCUCGUGACUGCACCUUACACAACACAUGAGGUCUACAGUUCAGACAGAAAGCAUACUUUGUUCUCUGCUGGCAUCAUAGUGCGACAAGCUAUGCGAGGUACUUCUGGUAUGACAAUGCCAAGGCCACCACUGUCAACAGAUCUGAAUAUUGAUGCAGCAGAUACCAUGGUACCUGUGGAGCUGUACAAUCUGAUUGCCUGGUGUACUGGAGCAUCAGGUGAACCUAUGUUUGAUAAGAAAGUACAGUUGCCUGAGGAUACCAACAGGAGAUUACUGUCCAUCUGCCAAGACAUAGUAUACCUGGCAUCAAGUGGUAAAAAGCCUACACCUAAAUCCCUUGCAUUAGGACUGACCGUUAGGCACUUAACCGGCUCUUCCCAAUUGUUAGAUAUUCUGAGCAGACUUGGACACUGCAUAUCAACAUCAAGUACCAUUGGUUUUGAGAAAGCCUUAGCCGAAUAUCAGCUGGCUACCGGAACAGAUAUACCAAAGUGUAUGUCAAAGCAACAUCCAACCGUUUUGGUGUGGGAUAACAUUGACUUUGGGGAGGAGACCCUGUCUAGACGAGGUACUACCCACCACACCAAUGGUAUAAUGAUUCAGAGUAAAAUGAAAAGCGAAGACCAUAGGAGGACUGUGUUCAUCAGAAAAGGUGUAAGGACACUGCAACCACAAAAUAGUGUUCUGGACCUAUACAUUCAUACCAAGAGACAGGGCCCUCAAGAGCUAAAUGUUCCUCUGCUGGAGUAUAAUACUGUCCCAUCUAUGGUGCUGGCACAAAAAACUGAUACAAUCUAUGUGCUGCUAAAAUAUAGCUGUCAUGCAGUAUCAGACACUUCUCUUCCAGGAUGGACUGGGUUUAAUUGUUAUACUCAGACUAGCUCACUGCCAAAAUCUGCUCUCUACUUAUCUACCAGUUAUAGAGGCUUCCCCUACAGAAAUGACCACUGUAAACACCAUACUCACUAGAAGUGUGGAAAUUGCUGAUCGACUAGAGUUGGAGAGUAUUGUCACUGUGUAUGACCAGGCUAUAUACGCUAAAGCGCAGCAAAUAAGGUGGAAAGACCAAAAUCUGAUGCAGCGUAUCAUCCCAAGACUAGGUGAGUUCCACACAGCCAUGUCCUUUAUGGCAGUGAUAGACAAACGUUUCAAAGAAGCAGGACUACAGGAUAUGCUGAUUGAAUCAAAUGUGGUAGCUGUUGGUUCAAUAAAUGGAGUCAUUAGUGGGCAUCAAUACAACCGUAGCAUUCGUGCACACAAACUCCUAUUUGAGGCAAUGCAUAUCUUGCGGUUGAGGUCAUUUCUUCAGUCCCUUCCUGAGCAAAAGCACACUCGUUACAUAUCAGCCAUGGAAGAUCUAGUACGAGAGUACAAGUCUGAGGCAGGAUUUUUAUCUAUCUCAGUGUCUGACAUAUUAUCAGAUAUGAUGUCCUGCUAUGAUAGAUAUGUACAUGAGAUGAACUCUGUUAAUCCCACCUUUGCACUUUGGAGCUCAUACAUUGAAAUGGUUCAACUGUUACUGAGUUUCAUUAGAGCAACCAGAGACUCUGACUGGAGCCUUCACUUAGCAACAGUGAGACGUAUGCUGGCAAAAUUAUGCAAGGUACCUAUCAGCAUAUUGGGUCGAGAUGAUCAAUCUUCCAAAGACUCAUCCACACUGCUAUGAAGAAGUUACUGCAAAAGGAAACUGGACAGUACAGCGUAAGGAUGCUAACAGGUUCUCAUCCAUAGCUUGUGACCAAGCAAUAGAACAAACCUGCAACCGUGAUUCAAAGACCAAAGGCGGCAUAACUGGGAUAACAUUGAACAGAGGUGCCGUCCAGCGAUGGAUACUGUCUCAUCCUGAACGUUCUGCAAUCACAAGGUAGUGUGAAAUGAUGGCUGGAAUGCAACAUGAAGAGAGGGGUCAUAAAGAGUUGGAUGCAACAAGAAUUGCAAAAGACAAUGCUGCUGUUAUAUCUUUGGUUUCAGCGGUUGAGUCUAUGAUCAAUCCCUUCCUGCCUCGUGAAGAUCUUGUAUGUAUUAGUUCUGGUGUUGUUGCUACAAAGACUGUCAGAGAUGACAUACAAAGUGCUUGUGAUAAAGGUGAAACAGCUCUGAAAAUUUUCAUCCAAGAUCGAGUCCAGUCAUCAAAAACAGACUUCUCUCCAAUAAAGUCCUUGAAGCUCACUACGUUUUGGGAUCAAAUGAAGAAAUCAUCCAAGACAAAAGAUGGAAAUCAAGUCAUUCUAAAAAAUGACAGGAGACUCUUUGCACGACUGUUAGUGAUAAGUCAAUCCCGGUCUGUAAACUUGAAAGAGAUUCUGACAUAUUCACUUAGCAAUAUCUCAUCCCCGCUAGCAAGCACUGAUGAUUCAUUAGCCAAAACAAAUAAGGCUGCUCUUCUAGCUUGUUUAGAAUCAAAGAACAAUGACUGUCAUGUGAACAAGACUGUUGGUGAUAAUGGUGCCCUACUGAUAGAUGGCAUGGCAUUGAUCAGGAGUCUCAAGAAUAUACCAGACACAUUCGGUGAGCUUGCUGAUGAUCUUCUUCAACUUAUGAUUAAGAUGGGUAGAAAGUUCAGUUGUCCAAGGGUCGAUUUUGUCAUUGAUCGCUACCCGGCAGUGAGCAUCAAAAAUGCUGAACGAUCAAGACGUGCUGUUGCUGGACAACAAUUACUGCAAAUAUACAGCAUCAAGCAGAAGACUCCAAGUCAGUGGACCAAGUUUCUAGCCAGUGGUGAAAAUAAAGAAGCCUUGACAGACUUUCUCUUUGAGACAUGGAGAACUGUGCCUUUACAAGCAGCUGGAAAAGACAUAGCUAUCUUUGUGGCACACAGACAUGUAUGUCAUCAACUCACUCUUAAAGAUGGUAUUAUGUCUGUCAAAGAGGUAGAAUCUUUGACUUGUGACCAUGAAGAAGCUGACACGAGGCUCCUACUUCAUGCAAAACAUGCCUGGAGUGAACUUUAUUAUAAGAUAAUCAUCCAGAGUCCUGACACUGAUGUUGCUAUCAUUUCACUUGCAAUAAUGGCUAAGCUUCCCUCAGCAAAGAUGUACUUUCUGACAGGAACAAAAGACAGGCAAAGAAUGUUAUAUCUCCAGGCUAUUGGUUAUGCUUUGGGUCCUUCACUAACAGAGGCACUGAUAGGACUACACACAUUCACCGGCUGUGACUCAACUAGUUCCUUUUAUGGGAAAGGAAAAGAGAAACCACUAAAUAUAGUGUCUGGAAAUGCAGAGUACAUCAGUGCAUUUGUUGCUCUUGGGAGGCAAUUUGAAAUGGACAGCACCACAUUUGUGACCAUAGAACGUUUUGUGUGUGAGCUAUAUGGAGAAAAGGUAUCAGAUGUUAAUUUGGCCAGAUACAAUAGGUUCUGUGUCCAGGCCUCUUCCGAACAGGCAUUACCUCCAACAAAAGAUGCACUUACAGAGCACUUCAAGCGUGCUAACUACCAAGCUGCAAUUCACAGGAGAGCAUUGGAUCCUUUUAUAAAUGCUCCCAGUCCAGACGGCUUUGGAUGGAUUGUCAAGGAUGGUGAUCUCAUCAUAUCAUGGAUGACUAAAGAUCCAGCUCCUCAACAGAUUUUGGGGUCACUCCACUGUGGGUGUAAGUCUGGUACUUGUACAGGUGGAAGGUGCUCAUGCCACAAGGCUGGCCUGGCCUGCACUGACCUAUGUAAAUGUGUUAAUUGUGACAAUGUGAGAUUAACUGAGGAUAUUGUUUCAUGUGAAUCUGAUAGUGAGGACAGUGAUUUUGAUAUUUAGUGAUGUGUAUAUGAUAAUAAAAUUAAUAUAGGAUAUAUUUAAUAUAAAUCAAUCUAAAUUUAAUCUUGUUUACAAUAAUCAUUCCUGUGAAUAUGUACAUGUAGUGCAGUUACUGCUCGUGUAUGCGAAUUGACAAUUCACCAUUAAAUGUGUUAUUUUGAAAAGUGUUUUUUUUAUAUAUUAUGUUUUGGCUUAAUUCUAUUUGUUAUUCAGAUUUUUAUCUCAAAUAUUACCUUUGAAUUGGAACAGCAUAAUGAGAAGUAAUUGGGAUGUUAAUGCUACAGUAGAAGUUUUCUUGAUAAUCUUAUCAUGUUUACUGUGCAUAGAUAGCAACGUCAGGUAUAUCACACAUUUCAAACUGGUUUAUUUUGUACUUCAAGUGGUAAUUCUGCAUGUUUGGGUUUAUAUGAUAAACAGGUUUGAAAGUGCAAAAUUCCCUAUGGUUUCCCUUUUUUUCAAAAUGGGCACCUUUAGCAUCAUUUUUCUCAAAAACUGCAAGGUUGUGUGCGGAGAACUUUUUCCUAAGGAAUCUCUAUAUAUUUCUGAUGUUAAAUAUAUAAAAGUAGGUAGUGCCCCACUUGGUGGAACGAAACCCUAUUUCUAGGCCUCUUUUAGGCUACUGACAGCGGCCUAUUAAUUGAAAAAAAUCUAAUUUGGACCACGAUGACCUGCCCUCCGAAUGAUACCACGAGAUCUUCAGAGUCUUCAGCGAAGCAGAGCUCUGUUCGUGUUUAGUGGUGAGCACGUCCGCAGUGAUAACCAGGCCCGCCUGCCAAAUUCGAACUGCGCAUCUCUGGAACGAUUGGAGAACACGUCAACACUCCUUGCUCCGCCGCACCCCAGGCACGUCUGAUAAACUCCUGCAAUAAAAAAUGCCAGGUGGCUCAGCAGUGGAGUGGGCUGCUCUCAAUCAAUCGGAAGAUUAUUAGGUCAUAUCCCGAUUUUAUGAUUGAAUCAUCCCUCUGGGGUAAUACAAUUGUUAAGGUUUUGUGGGGAAGCCCUAUGAAUAGAUCAUAGCACCGUGGAAUUUCCACCACUGGCUCUGUAGGGUUGUCAAUAGGAGAUAAGCCUACAAUAAACCACAGAUGUUGGUGCUUGUAUUAUGAAAUCCAAACCAACAUAAUAUUCAGUCCUUUCACCUCUGAUGAGCAUGGGUGGCUGUGUAAGGUGCGAAAUAAGUUCUACAUCUGAAGGGCGUUUUCUUCCUAAGUAACGGCAGUUUCAUGUGGUAAUUUUGCUCAAGUUUCACUUGAUACAAACGUGUACAGAGUUCAUAAUGUACUGGUUAUAACGAUGAAAAAUAAUAGACUUUACUCUUUCCGGCAAUAAUAAGUGUUAAGAUGGUCAAACACCAAAUAUAAGGUUGCGCUGUUUACACACAAAGUCCUUGCCACAAAUGAACCACAAUACCUUGCUGAUCUCGUCAAGAAGCAUAAACCAUCACGCGAACUCUAAAUCAUCCUCGCAGAAGCUUUUAGCUGGACAUCAAACAAAGACGAUUACUGCAUCGCACGCUUUCAGAUGCGCUUCUACGGCCGUCUGGAACACUUCCGAUAUUAAGAAGCCACUGGAGCAAUGCACUUUUAAAUCUAGAUUAAAAACGAAU